AUGGGGAUUGCAUCCCCACUCCGGUCACCGUCCCCAUCCUCGCGCCCUUCCCCAUCCCCUCCAUCCCUGGCGCCAUGGCAGGGGGACAAAGGGGGCCGCGGGCUCACCCGCCACCGCUUUCUCCUCGCAGGCCCAGCCAUGGUGGAGCCACCAGCGGAGCCCCCUCCGCAGCCGUGCCCGGCGCCCGGUGGGGCGGCAGCAGCAGCGGCCCCCGGGGAGGCGUCCCGUCCCGGGGAGCAGUCCCCGCUGCUGCACCUGGACCUGUACAACUUCGACUGUGCGGCAGCGGAGGGCAGCCGGUACGUGCUGACCAGCCCGCGCUCACUGGAGGCCUGCGCCCGCUGCGCCGUGCGGCCGGUGGAGCUGCUGCCGCGGGCGCUGGGGGAGCUGCUGCGGGAGGCCCCCGGGCGCUCCAUGCGGGUGGCCGCCGGCCUCUAUGAAGCCUACGAGCGGGAGCGCCGCCGCAAGCUGCAGCAGUGCCGGGAGGAACGGGAGAGGAUCAUCCGUGAGGAGAAGCGGCGCAUCCUCGCGCCCCUCGGCAGCCUGCCACCCUCGCCCGCCGCCCGCCUCACCCCCCGGGCUGCCACUGCUGCUGCCACCACCGCCACCGGACCCCGUCCCGGGGGGAAGGCCGGGGCGUCAGGAGGCGCCAAGGCCAAGAGCCACUCUCUGGACUCGCUGCAGAAGCGCCGGGAGGGCAGCUGGGGCAAGACCUCCUCGGAGUCGGGGGCCUCGUCCUCCUACAGCGGGGAGAGCCUGAGGGGACAAGGGGGCAAGGGGCGCGGACGGGGCCGCGUGGCCGAUGGCUCCCUGCUGGGGCGCAGCUUCAGCCUGGGCGACCUCAGCCACUCGCCGCAGACAGCCCAGAGGGUGGAGAGGAUCGUGAAGGAGGUGAAGCGGAGGAAGGGUCUCUCGGAGGUGCCCGAGAGGGACAAGAAGAUCGCGGCGCUGAUGAUCGCCAAGCACCAGGAGGCCAGCCUCCUGCGGGAGCAGCGGCAGGCGGCCCACCUGCAGUGGGACAGCCAGCGGCGCCUGGCAGAGCAGCGGAAGGAGCAGGAGGAGAAGGAGAAGCAGAAGGCCCUCCUGCAGGGCCAGCGGAUGUGGGAGAGCCAGGUGGAGAAGCGGCGGGGAAAGCUGAGCCAGGAGCAGCAGGAGGCCGCCCUGCUGAAGCAGAAGCAGCGGCAGGUGUGUGAGGAGAGGUGGCGGGAGCAAGCAGAGAAGCAGGAGCGACUGCGGAGAGAGAAGCUGGAGAAGGCCAUCCAGGAGGACAAGCAGAAGAAGCUCCAUCAAGAGCACAAUCUGAAGGCAAAGGAGGAGGGCAAGAAGGAGCACCGGGAGCGAGAGGAGCAGCUCCUGCAAGAGAAGCUGUCCACAGCUGCACAGAAGAGGCUGAGGAAGGAAGCGCAGCUGCAGAAGGAAAGGAAACAGCUCAGCCAGGCAGAGAAACUGAAGCACGAGGCCUUGCUCAAGGAACUGGCCAAGCAAGAGGCAGAAGAGAAGGAAAUGCUGAAGACCUCCCUGGAGAUGAGUUUGACCAAGGCUCAGGAGAACUAUGAGCAGCUAAUGGUGAAGAGGAACCAGGAGCUGAGGGAGAAGGCCAGGCGGGAGGACAUGCAGAUCCAGAGAGCCAAGCUGGCAGCAGAGAAGAAGGAAAGAGAGCAGAAGGAACACUUGCAGGCCCUGGCGAAAGAGACAGAGAGGAAACUCCAGCAUGCUGCCCAGGUGGCUGAAGAGGUGGUCCAGGAAAAAGCCCGCAAGGUGGUCUUGAGCCGUCUGGAGAAGGAGAAGGUGCAGAAGAUGAACAAGCAAAAGGUGGAACAGUAUGAGGACUUACGGCGCAGGGAGAUCCUCCUUUCUAUAGAGAGGAAGCUGGAGAGGAGCGAGCAGAUCUUCAAGGAGAGGAAGACCGUCUUAGAAAACGCCAGGUCUGUAGCUCGGGCAUCCUUCCAUGUCCGGGAAAAGGUAAGGGAAGAGACUAACAUGCGCACCUUUGACAAGAUGGCCUUUGAAGCAGAACUGCAUGCCAGCCUGGAUAAGAAGUGA